CAAAUACAAAUAUCAAAAAUUUGCAAUGCAAGAGGUGUGCAGCACUUUGGACUCCACCCCGAUGGGCACCCAAAUUAAAUCGGAAUCCCCUCUCAAUCCGCUGCAGGUGCAAACUGGACAAGUGUCACUGCCACUGCCACUGAGUGGGCAGGGGCAGGUACAACAGACUGGCCAGCAGGGGGCGCCACCAGGCUCGAAUGCUGCAGCAACGGCAGCAGCCGCAGCGGUGAUGCUUGUCAACAAAAUGGCACCGAACUGUGAUAAACGAGCAGUAGCAGCCGCCGAUACGGCCUACUGGAUGGCCACCGAGGGUGGCUUCAUUAAUUCCCAACCCUCGAUGGCCGAGUUUCUCAAUCAUUUGAGUCCGGAGAGUCCGAAAAUUGGCACACCUGUUGGUGUCGGUGGUGUUGGCGGCGGCAGUGUUAAUGUUGGUGGUGGCGUUGGUGUCGGUGUCGGAUAUCCGGUUGGUGUUGGUAUGCCACAGACACCGGAUGGCAUGGACUCGGUACCGGAAUAUCCCUGGAUGAAGGAGAAGAAGACUUCGCGCAAGGGCAGCAACAAUAACAAUCAGGGUGAUAACUCCAUAAAAAACGGCCUGCCCCGACGACUGCGUACUGCAUACACAAACACCCAAUUGCUGGAGCUGGAAAAGGAAUUCCAUUUCAAUAAAUAUUUAUGCCGCCCAAGAAGAAUUGAAAUUGCAGCCAGCUUGGAUCUGACCGAGCGACAGGUAAAAGUUUGGUUUCAAAACCGUCGCAUGAAACACAAGAGGCAAACCCUAUCGAAAACGGACGAUGAGGAUAACAAAGAUAGUCUCAAAGGUGAUGACGAUCAAUCCGAUAGCAAUUCAAAUUCGAAGAAAUCGUGUCAAGGUUGCGAACUGCCCUCCGAUGAUAUACCCGAUUCUACAUCAAAUUCCCGAGGACAUAAUAACAAUACACCGAGUGCCACUAAUAAUAAUCCAAGCGCAGGAAGUUUGACACCCAAUUCAUCGCUGGAGACGGGCAUCUCUUCAAAUUUGCUUGGCAGCACCACGGUAUCCGCCUCGAAUGUGAUUAGCGCUGAUUCCAGUGUGGCAUCUAGUGUCAGUUUGGACGAUGAUAUCGAGGAAAGUAGUCCGAUUAAAGUCAAAAAGAAAGACGAGAGUCAGGUUAUUAAAAAAGAGGCAGUUUCCACUUCGUCGAAGGCCUCGCCAUUUGGCUCGGCUUACGACUCGUCAACGGCCAGUUUGGCCAGUUUUCGUCGAGAUUCGGAUGCGCUUACAACGCAACCACCGACUGCCAAAGGUUCUGCAAAGAAACGUUAUCAGAAUAAUGCUAAUUCCAAUGCCACGCCCACAGCCCUCAAUGAUAAUAGCUCAGCAAGUAAUGGAGGUGGUGGUGCUUACUUUCCUGGCGGUUACUAUUCUACAAAGCAGCAGCAAAUACAACAGCAGCAGCAGCAGUUGCAUCCGCAUCAGCAACCGCAGCAGCCACAACAACAACAACAACAACAACAACACCAGCAGCAACAGCAACAACAACCGCAAACGCAAGAUUACUAUGGCAAAUACGAUAUUGAAUUUCACCAACAAAACAAUCAACAACAACAACAGCAACACCAACAUCAACAUCAUGUUGGUGAUUUUGAAGCGCCACCUAUCAACGGACCAGGCAACUUUAACAGUUCGGCUUACUACGAUAACAUGAGUUUUCAACAACACCAACACCAACAGCAACACCAACAUCAACAUCAUGUUGGUGAUUUUGAAGCGCCACCUAUCAACGGACCAGGCAACUUUAACAGUUCGGCUUACUAUGAUAACAUGAGUUUUCAACAACACCAACACCAACAGUCAGUCGUAUUUCAACAACACCAGCAACACCAACAACAACAGCAGCAGCAUCAACAACAGCAUAUGCAUCACCUGGGCGCUGGCGAGACAUAUAGUGCUCUUGGCUUACAAAUGGAGAACUGCGAAGGUUACAAUAACUUUGGCAAUGCUGUGGGGGGUGGUGGUGGAGGGGGUGCUAGUGGUGGCUAUUAUGAGACGGCCACAGGGGGUCAGCAACCCUCUGGACCAGCGGCACAUGGUCCUCAGCAUGGCCAUCACCCACACUCACAUCCCCAUUCGCAUCCCCAUCCUCAUCCACAUCCACAUCAUCAUCAUGCUCAGGUGCAGGCAGCGCAGGCGCAUCAUUUACAUGUGGGUGGAGGAGCAGCAGGUCCACCACCACCGCCCAUACACCCGAACUUUGGAUUGAAUGGAACACCGACGGCAGUGCAGAGUCCCCAAGCAUUUGGCAAUAAUGGAGUUGGUGUUGGAGUUGGAGGAGUUGUGGGAGUUGCUGGUGUUCCGGGAGUGACUGGAGUUGCCGGAGCUGCUUUAAGUGGAUUAGAGAACUCGAAUAGUUCAUCGGAUUUUAAUUUUCUAAGCAACUUGGCAAACGAUUUUGCUCCAGAAUAUUAUCAACUCAGUUAGUUUAUAUAGAGAGCAGAUUCCCGAUCCAAAACCUAAUGUCUAUUUACAUAUAUUUUAUAUGUAAUUGUAACUUAGCCUAAUUUCCCGUAUGUAUGUAUGUA